AUGACGGCAGCUCUCAUCGAUCCGCAGCUCGAGCUGAUGGAUCAGGGCACCGCCAUCCAAGGCAUGCAAUACCAAUAUCCCCUCCCCACCACGACUUUUGAGCCAUGGAACUCCAUGUUCGAGUCAAUAGGGGAAUUCCCACGAUCCGCACAAGGCGGCCUGGGGAUGAUGGACUCGGACCCGCACAGCGACGAAUCGUCCUCCGUGUCCUUCUCCCUCGGAACCGACCAGGAUAUCCAGUUCCCGCUCUCUCCGCUGGGGGACGCCGCCAAUGUGGACGAGUCGCCCGGAAACACAUCCAUCUCCACGGGACUCUCCGAGGCCGGCACCAGCGCAGACAAAAAGACAACCAAGGCCAACACCACCACUAAUAACACAAAGGUCAAAAAGGCUCGUAGGCGCCGCAGCGAGACGGAAAAGAAGGAACAGAUCAAGCAGCGCAACAGGGUGGCGGCUUCAAAAUGCCGACAGAAGAAGAAGGAAAAGGUGGAUGAGCUCAAGGAGAUCAAGCAGAGCCUCGAGGCGCGCAACCACGACCUCCACGCCGAGUACCGGCGUCUUCGCCAGGAGAUUGGCCGGGUCAAGAGCGAUCUGAUACACCACACCGAGUGCAACGAUCCCAACAUUGACCGCUGGAUCGAGAACGAGGCCAAGGGCUACGUGCAGAAGCUGGUGCGCAACGAGGAGCAGCAGCGCAUGGGGAGCAUCGGCAGCUCUGACGGAUUUGCCGAGGCGAUGCGCGUGAGCUCCAUUCACGAGGCUGGAGAUCCGUACAUGGGGUUGGGUUGA